AUGGCGACUUCGUCUGGGAGUGUGUUUGGGGCUACGCUUCAAACGAUCACCACCACAAAACUUGAAGAGCUCGCGAAGCAACGCGGUGUCUUUGAAGAAGAGUAUGCUACGCUCGUCGCUGCUGCGAAAGCUGAGACAGACCCGCUAAAACGUCUGUGCCUCCUCCUUGACGGCUCAAAAGCAUGUCUUGGCUUACAAACGGAAAAAAGAACCAAGGAUGGUCGUGCCGGCCGAGUGAUCAGCGGAUCAUCCAGAAACCUUCGUCUCGAGACUGACCUUAAGAAUCUCGAUCGCUUCAUCGAGCAGGCCCGGUUCGACCCUUCUGUUUCAGCUCAGGUUCUUUCAGAUUGGGAAGAAACCCUCUUCCGAUACUUGUCCGUUCAGUCUACCAAAUUCCAGUAUGCAGAUCUAUAUGGAAAACUGGUCACUGAAUGGCUUUCAUCUGAAAAGCCUACAAGCGACGACGGCGACGUCGAGAUGAGCGAGAGCUUCGAGGAAGUACCUGGUGCUAAAAAGCUUGCAUCCCGCGCUGAUUGGGAGAAGGACGUCUUUAACGCGGCUGAAGUAGAUGAGCAAGCUCUGAGGUCGUACCUUGACGAGCUGUUCAAGACAGAUAGCAAAGAUGGCUCCGCUGCGAUUCGCGAGUUGCGCCAAAAAGUUGAAGAUUUCGAGCCGAGUUUCAAAGGCUCGACAUCAUUCAACGCCCAUACUCUUCGCUCAACUAUCCAGGGACUCCUGAACUCCGAUCUUCUCUCAAAUGAGAAGCGAGAGGCGCUCAGAGACUUCCUUAGUAACGAAGUAAUACUCGGGGAACUGUGUGACAUUCUCAACGUGCGAAUGACGGCCCUUGAUCGCUGGACUUGGGGUCCACAUGUUCUGCUAGAGCAAAGGAGGAAGAUUAACGGUGACUUCUCGAUUCAUUUCGAUCCUGACCUUCUUCAGGCAAUCUUCCUCCAUUACAUUGGUGUGAAGUGGUCUGUGUUCUUCAAAUCGGCAUUUAUGGACAUGCACAAGCAUGUAGUUUGGAAGAGAAACUCAACACAGGUUUCAAAGGUCGACCGUCUACGACGAUCGUACUUUUUGGGGGAUCAAGGUACUCAAGUUCACUCGACCGUUGAAAAGAAGCGUGAAAGCAUACAUCGCAACCGAUAUUUUGCCUACCAAUUGCUAGAUCAUGAUACCCAGCAGAUCGAGGCAGACGACGGUGAAGAGGAGGCAGAGUACGGAGACUACGUUGUCCAAAAGCCUAAAAAGGCGUUGAAACGAGGAGGACUUUUCGGUGGAAUGCAAUCAAAUGCGGUCCAGCAACCAAGUACAGGACGUACAAAGCAGACAGCAAGAAAGUCUACUGGCGCCCAGGCGAGUUUAUUUGGCGGGUUUGGCGCUGUCCCGGAGGAAUGCGAGGCUAGCGAGGACGACAGAGAUUCGUACAGCGACGGAGAUGAGGAAUACCGCCGUCAGCCCAAGAAGCCGAUGGAAGCGAAGCAAAGCCUACUUCACCUCAUAUCUACUGAAAUCGUUCUGAAUACGAGACUGCACGGAGGACUGACCUGUCUGCAUACAACUUUCAACUCCUGGAAUACACUGUUGCCACAUCAGACCAUCUCUAUCGUUCUCGACUUCCUUGGCGUGUCGAACAAAUGGCAGAAAUUCUUUGUGUGCUACCUGCAGGCACCACUGAAGUUCAUAGAUGAUCCAUCGUCUGAGCCGCGCUUGCGCCGCCGAGGCAUGCCAGGCUCCCACGCCCUGAGCGAUACAUUAGGGGAGGCCGUGCUUUUUUGUUUAGAUUUCGCUGUAAACCAAGCCACUGACGGACCAGAUCUACACCGUCUCGGGGACGACAUCUGGUUCUGGAACAAGGACUAUAAUACGUGUGCUAAUGCCUGGGCAAGUAUUGUCAAGUUUGUUGACGUCACAGGAGUCAAGCUAGACGAGAAGAAGACAGGCAGUGUUCGCGUCUCGCACGACUCCGAUGCUGAGAUCGACAAUCGCCUACCAGAAGGCGACAUCCGAUGGGGCUUCCUACAACUAGAGCCAAAGAGUGGUCGGUUUAAGAUCGAUCAAAAGAUGGUCGACGGUCAUGUGGAAGAGCUGCGCAUGCAGCUCCAAGGCAAGCUGAAGAGUGUCAUCGACUAUAUACAGGUCUGGAACUCCUAUGCAGCUACGUUCUUUAGCUCCAACUUCGGGAUGGCUGCCAAUUGCUUCGGCCGCGAACAUGUCGACAUGAUGCUCGCUACCCAUCGCCACAUCCAGAACAGCAUUUUUCCAGAUGGCAGCAUCGUACAACACCUGAAGACGAUAAUCAAAGAGCGAUUCUCUGUUGAAGACGUUCCGGAUGGAUUUCUCUUCUUCCCAGUCGAGCUUGGAGGUCUGGAUUUGAAGUCUCCGUUUGUGGGUCUUCUGCAAAUCCGGGAAUCGGUAAGAGAAAAUCCGUAUGAUCUGCUGGACGAGUAUGAAGAAACUUUACAUAAUGACUACCAUACCGUCAAGCGCGCCUUCGACAAGGGCGUUCGCCGUAAUGCGCGUCGUAAUGCCGAGGAUGCGAACUGGAAGCCUGAGGACCCUGACACAUUCUUCCCCUUUGAGGAGUUCACCAAGUAUUCAGAAUCAUUUGACAGUAUAGGUAGAGCGAACUUGGAAGAUGUUUACAAGAAGUUGCUGGAGCGCCCUCAAGAAAAGCCCAUCGACGCAAGUGAACACGUCCUGCAGGCGCAGGCGCAGCUCUCGGGUCAGAACAACUUACGCGGUAUCACCGCCCACUGGACUUCAAUGGAAGCCUACUGGAAGUGGAUCGCACAAAUGUACGGCCCGGACAUGAUUGAUACGUUCGGUGGUCUGAAUGUAGUUGACUUCGGAUUGUUGCCUAUCGGUAUGGUAUCUAUGUUCCGGCAGAGGCGUACUAAGUGGCAGGGUUAA